AAGAUCGUACAUAAUUUCAGUAGUGGAACGCUCUCAUAGGGGACGUGUCGUGUACAUAUGGACAUAAAAUAAUUAUUUUUAUCAAGCAAAUCACUGAUCUAACAACGAUAAUAUUGAAUUAACGCAAAAACUAAUUAAUUCGAAUUAAUAAAGUCGAAGGAAUUCACGCGUAUAUUAUUUUAAAAUUACGUAAAUCAGCAUAAGAAUCGCGUUUAAAGUUUACGUUUUGCUUCGUCGAUGUAAACAAAAGAGCUGUUAUUAAAACAAUGCGUGUGGUAAAAGGGCGUGAAUGAGGUUCGUGCAGGACGGAUUCGCGAGGACAUUUACUAGGAAACACUGGAGAAUGAGCGGCGUCAGCAGAGAUGCACCUUUAGGGGUGCAGUUUAUACAGAAACUUAGUAAUUCGUGGUGCCCGAGGCUGCAGAUCAACCGUUUACGAUGGUACCAAGCAUCAGUUCUAGUGCUGACCUUCUUCACGUACAUGACGUACCAUCUGACCCGCAAGCCCAUAUCGGUGGUGAAGAGUGUGCUGCAUCAGAACUGCUCGGCGCUCGUGCCUCCGCCCGGCACCGACCCUGGAGACGACCAGUGGUGUAACUGGGCACCUUUCAACACGGCUGACGCCAACACGCUGCUGGGUACCCUGGAUUCUGCCUUCCUGUUUUCUUAUGCAGCGGCCAUGUUUGUAUCAGGCAUGGUGGCCGAGCGAGUGGAUCUCCGCUACUUCCUCUCACUAGGAAUGCUGACUUCUGCCAUUUUCUGCUAUCUCUUCGGUGUUGGACGGACGUACAGCAUACAUAAUAUCUCAUAUUAUCUGCUGGUUCAGGCUGGUGCAGGUAUAGCCCAGACAACUGGGUGGCCGGGCACAGUCGCCAUUGUCGGCAAAUGGUUCGGCAAUAGUAAGAAAGGACUCAUUUUUGGCAUAUGGAACUCUCACACUUCACUUGGAAAUAUUUUGGGUACAAUAAUGGCGGCAGAAUACGUGGACUCUGAUUGGUCGUUAUCGUUCAUCUAUCCGGCUCUAGUGAUGGGCUGCGUGGGGGCAGUAGUGUGGCUGUUUCUGCCCCCAGAGCCACGUCUAGUGGGGCUGGCUAGCGCUGUUAAUAAUAGUAGGAACUCGCCGGCGCGGCAGUCGUCGCGAUCUGAUGAGGAAGACGAUGUGGAAGAUGAUGAAGAGUCUUCAGUCAUUGUGGGAGACCAGUCAGCAAGUUUACGACCGAAUCGACAUUCAGCAAAUACAGCACAACCAGAAGAAGUGACAGAGCGAACCUCCCUCCUCCGCUCAGGCGGGUCUGAGAGUGCAGUGUCCCUGACGCGAGCGCUGGCCAUCCCCGGCGUGCUGGAGUUCUCGCUGUCCCUGUUCUUCGCUAAGCUCGUCAGCUAUACCUUCCUGUACUGGCUGCCGUCGUACAUCAGGUUUACUAUGGCGGAUCUCUCAGCGCGUCAGUCAGGCGAACUCAGCACGGUGUUCGACGUGGGUGGCGUGGUAGGCGCAGUACUAGCGGGGCUGGUGGCUGACUGUACGGCUUGCCCGGCGCUAGUGUGCGUCGCUUUCUACAGUCUUUGUGCUCCUAUGCUAUUCAUCUACCAGUACUUCGGCGCUACGUCUUACCUGGUGAACGUAGCUCUACUGGUGAUGACGGGCAUGCUGGUGAACGGUCCAUACGCUCUCAUCACCACGGCAGUGAGCGCGGAGUUGGGCACUCACACCAGUUUGGCUGGUAACAGUAGGGCGCUGGCCACUGUUACUGCGAUCAUUGAUGGCACUGGGAGUGUGGGAGCAGCGAUAGGUCCGAUGCUAGCUGGCGUGGUCUCCAGCAGAUCCUGGACCAACGUGUUCUACAUGCUCAUCGCCUGCAACUUCAUGGCGCUAUUCCUCUUGCUCAGGAUAGCAAGAUCUGAAUUCCUAAAACUAAAACAAGAACGCCGCUUGGCAUCACCGCCGCGAGUACGUAUAGAGUAACACACACACACACACACAUACACACAGAUACACACACAAACACACACAUAUAUGUAACAUGACCAUCCAAUCUCUGACAAAACAUAUCUCACUUUUAUUAAUUCUGUCCCCGAUUGUCCGAUUUUUGGUAGGACAAAUAAUCGGACCGAUUUCUCGUAGGACGAGUGCGUUGCACUAUUGCUAUCAGUGUGUUUUAUUUCUGUCCUACAAAAAAUCGGACACCGAUUUAUCGGACGUGGGACGUAUAAGUGUUUUGUGUUGCCAUUUUAUUUUAAUCGUAUAGAAAUGACGAGGACAGAUAUAAGUAACUGUUAUUUUGUUUUUGAAAAUGUAGUGUGCCAAAGUUUUUUGUUGGAUGAAAAUAACUUUUAUUAUUGUGACAAAAAUGCUAAUGAUUUGGGUAAACUGAUUUUGUUGAUGAAAACAUUUGUACCAAAUUGUGGACUGAAAGUAAAACUUA